AUGUUUUCGGCCAACGCGCCACUCCAAUCGCCCUACACCAUCACGCUUCCGGUUGAUCACCAUCCCGUGAAGUUUGAAAUCGACACUGGCUCAGCUGUUACUCUCAUCAAUGAGGCCUCCUUUCAGAAAUUACCCUCCCUCCUACCGGCUAACUCAACAUUCCGUAGUUACACUGGACAGAACGUAGAGGUUCGAGGGGUCUUUACAGCCGAAGUCGAGCAUGAUGGAGAACUUCAUUACUUGCCGGUUCAUGUGGUGAGAGGAAGCCAGGAACCAAAUCUCCUUGGACGGAAUUGGAUUAAAUGUGUGCCUUUUGUGCUAUCCUAUGUACAUCGGAUUGGUGUAAAUCCGGCUUUGGAUUUAAUUUUGGUAAAUCACAAGGAUCUAUUUCGUGACGAUUCUGCUACCCACUAUCGCGGUCCACCUGUUAAGUUCCAGUUUCAGUCAGAUUUCCGCCCCGGUUCUUCAAAGCUCGUGCAGUCCCCUAUGCAGUCGCACCGAAGGUCGAAGAAGAGCUGGAUCGCCUACAAAAAGUGUAUAUUAUUGAGCCUGUGCAAUAUUCGGAAUGGGCAGCCCCAAUAGUUCCUGUUCAUAAAUCCGAUGGUUCUGUGCGUAUCUGUGGCGACUACAAGCUGACAAUCAACUCAGCAACUAAACUGAACCCUUAUCCUCUCCCGCGCAUCGAGGAUCUGUACGUAUUUCUCUCGGGUAGUCAUCAGUUUUCAACUUUGGACCUAAAGCAUGCCUACAACCAAGUCGUCCUAGAUACCUAAUCCGAGGCGCCACCACCAUCAAUACGCAUCGGGGUUUAUUUCGAUAUAAAAGACUACCGUUUGGAGUAAGUUCGGCUCCCGGUUUAUUUCAAUGCUUGAUUGAUAACCUCGUGAAGGAUAUACCUCACGUUUGCGCAUAUCUUGACGAUAUAUUAGUCACCGGCCCAUCUGAAGUUAGUCAUUUAGAGACUCUAAACAUCGUGUUAGGACGUUUAGAGGACGCAGGUUUUAAACUCAGGAAAGAUAAGUGCACUUUCCUUGCCGACUCGGUAGAAUACCUGGGCUUCCGGGUGGAUAAAACUGGCCUCCAUCCACUCGAACAUAAGCUCAAAGCCUUGAAGACGGCGCCGCGCCCCAACAAUACUAGUCAAUUGCGUUCAUUCCUGGGGUUGGUCACCCACUUUAGUCGCUUUAUGAAUCAAUCGGCUACAAUUCUAAAGCCUCUUAAUCGACUACUUGAAAAGAAUCGUUGUUGGCACUGGUCGGAGGUCGAACAAAGUGCUUUGGAACAAGCAAAGGCGGCUCUUACCUCCUCAUCUGUCCUAGUUCACUAUGACCCCGAAAAGCCUACCAUACUGAAAUGCGAUGCGUCUCCAUACGGCGUAGGUGCGGUUCUCAUGCAUCGAAUGCCUUCUGGCGCGGAGAUGCCGACUGCCUUUGCAUCAAGAACCAUGUCACAGGCGGAAACCAACUAUUCGCAACUAGAUGAAGAGGCCUUAACAAUAAUGUUUGGCCUAUAUCGCUUCCACCUGUAUCUUUUUGGCCGACCCUUUGAGAUUCACACUGAUCACAAACCCCUCUUAGGUUUGCUGGGAGAAAAACGAGGGAUACAACAGACGUCCUCGCCGAGAAUGCAACGAUGGGCACUCACUUUGUCUGCUUACACGUAUGCAAUGAAGUACAUUACAGGUAGUUCAAACGUUGUGGCUGACGCCUUGAGUAGGUUGCCUAUUGUAGACGAUGGCAUUAACGGGGCACCUGUUUUUGAGACGGUGAAUAUUUUGCAGAACCUAGUCAACUCACCUGUAACCUGUCAACAAAUUCGACAGUGGACAUCGAGAGACCCUCUCCUAAGUCGGGUAAGAAGAGCCUUGCAAUCUGGCUGGCCGUUUUCUACCUCCUCUGAUUUUCAACCAUUCUUCAGCCGUCAGAACGAGUUAAGUCUACAAGACGGGUCCAUACUAUGGGGCAGUCGUGUAGUUGUGCCACCACAAGGCCGACGGGCCAUCCUCAGAGACCUGCAUAAUGCUCAUCCUGGUACAGUUAGAAUGAAAGCUCUCGCCCGCAGUUAUGUUUGGUGACCCAAAAUUGACGCAGAUAUAGAAAACGUGGUGAAAGCAUGUGACGUGUGCCAAAUAACACAGAAGACCUUACCGAAGGUUCCUCUGAAGCCUUGGGCCUGGCCCCACUCGCCGUGGAAGAGGGUACACGUCGAUUAUUUUGGGCCAUUCCAAGGCCAUAUGGUUUUUGUGGUACUUGACGCCCACACGAAAUGGAUAGAUGCGAUUUCGACAGGAAAUUCCUGUUCUUCACUGGCUACAAUCAACAAGUUGCGAACCGUUUUUUCUACUUUUGGGAUACCUGAAAUGCUCGUUUCAGAUAAUGGUCCGGCCUUUACUGGUGCAGAAUUCAAAGAUUUCAUGUAGAAAAAUGGAAUUAGACAUUUAACUACUGCCCCAUACCACGCUGCUUCAAAUGGCCUCGCAGAGCGUGCAUUUCAGACAAUAAAGCACGGACUAGCCAGACAGACAGAAGCGGACAUGGCCACCAAGUUGUCACGCUUUCUAUUCAGCUAUCGCAUAACACCGAACGACUCAACCGGUGCUUCGCCUGCAGAAUUAAUGUUCAAGCGGCAAUUGCGCACACGACUCGACCUGCUUAACCCAUCAACGCAGGAUUGAGUCAUUACAAAACAGACGAAGCUGAAAGAACGAUAUGAUGUGAACACCCGACCACGAGUCAUCGCGCCUUACGAAAGUGUCUACACGCAACUGGAAAACGAAACGAACUGGUGUCCAGCGGUAGUUCGAACAAGCGAGGAGCAAAUAGUGGAAUUAGAGUUAGAAGAUGGGAGAAUUGUGCGUCGACAUCUGGACCAAGUUCGAAGCCGAACUGACUCAGUAAGUAGAGAAUUCGGAAAGGUCGAACUACCAGCAACCCUUGAUAGGAAUCCUGACAUCCCGAGGACUGAACCCCUACUGCCUGCACAGAGCACUACGCCACCGACCGAGACGCAUGUUCCACCUCCUUCUACCUCGGCCAGCACUAGCUUAGGGGCAGAGGAGCCAGUGACUGCACAAAGCGGCACAUAGGUAGAAAAUACCGCCCUGAGAAGGUCGACCCAAAACCGCAAACCUGCCCAACGCUUUCAGGACGAAUCUUAUUAGAACAUUGUCUGACUAUCCACUAUUACCUUUACUGUUUCCCCCCGCCUCCCCCUCAUGCUCUCCACUUUAGGGUGGAGGGAUGCCGCGUAUCCGGCUCGGGCCGUCAGGAUAUCAUGCCACAAACGCGUGACAAGCGAACGACCAAGGUCAUGGCCCCCUGUUUACACCUUCUUUGUGCUGAUUGGCCACCCAUUAGCCUAAGACAGUCCCCCUUGCCAUAUACCCGGCCGUUCUCACAAGCCUUCUCGCUUGUGCUGUCUAUCGUACUCAGUACACGUCCUAUUUCCAAUUACCCUUCUGUUUUGCAUACAUAACAUCUGGAAUAAAUCAGGGUGCCAGUGCGCGAAACGUUAAAGCUAGAGUAAAUGUGAAAUAGAAAUAAAGAGCCACUUUCGAGUCGUCUAAUCCAUAAAAACUUAAUGUUCGCCACCUGACAUCUCUCGGUAUAAGAAAUGCCGGAUGCAGCUUGAGAGAAAGGUUUUCGCGUAAAAAAUCGGUGAACAUUUUCGAUUUUGUUCCAGCCACAGGUGUCCAUUAAACCAAAGAAAGGACAGCAGUACUCAAGGGCGGGGAGAACAAACAUUUGAUACAUUCUGGACAAUAUUUCUCGAAGGAAAAUUAUGUGAUAUGAACUCACAUAUAUGCGCAGCUUUGGCAGAGAAGUUGUCUGCAUGAGACAUGCUUGUUAGCACAACUUUGUUACGACCCAGCUUGGUACAAAGAAAUCACACGAAGCAUAUAUGCACUCGACUAUUGUCCCCAGUACCAACUCAGCAGAGAAGAAGAGCACGAUCGGCCACGAUAAAGUGCAUUAUAAACCCGCCAGCCAUUGUCGCUGAAAGGUUGUGUGUAUUUAUAGCGUCCCGUCCAGGUUGACUAAUAUUCCGCCUGAUCAGCUUCAAAAGAAAGUUCUGGAAGAGCUGAGCGGCUUAUCGCAGACAUGGACCAAUCAGAUUCUACAGGAACGCUGUAGUCACAGCCGACGCGAGACGCCAUCAAGCGCGCGUUCAUGACAUACGACGUGAUGGGCGCGAGCGCGCGUGCUUUUCUGUGAGAUCGACUCCUCGUAGGAAUAAGGACAUUCCCAACAACCUUAGACUUUGGUCCUCUGUGGUGAAGCAUUCUGAGAAUGGACUAACUAUGAAAAAUUAUGAGACCAGGAGGCUUGGUACGGCCAAAUGACGUGAAACUACACUUGGACGAGGAAGACUCCAUCUGCCGUGGUGAACUCCAUUCCCAUAAGCGUAGUACAUCAGCAUUAACUUUUCCAACACAAACACUUGCAAACCCGUUUGAUGUCAUCAGCACAAACAAAUGUUCGCAAAGUUCUGAUUUCUUUCCAAAUAUCACUAAUGUGAAGAGGGAAGAGUAGCGGACCCAGAAGGGUGCCUUGAAAUUCACCACUAGUGAUCGAGUGAGAUGUCGAGUACUUACCACCAACCACGAUUUCCUCGUAGCGGUGGGAUAUAUAGGGUCCGACGAAGUCAACUGAAGGAGGUCGGAUGAAAUCGUGGUCGACCAAAAUGCAGCAUGUUUCUCCACAGAUCUUCUCGAUUCACCGCGACCAGGGCUUUGUCGGAUCCACGAAGACGAUGUAAGAGUGGGCCCGCAUCUCCUGGCGCUUCUUCUAUAGCUGGUAAGCGGUAAAGAUCAUAUCGCUGGUUGUCCAAUGUUGCCGGAAUCCAAACUGGCUUCCCAGCAAAUGUCCUUGGUCUAGGUGGCUGCUGAGACGAUUGAGGAGGAUGGGGACGAAGAUCAGCCCGGCGAGGUUGAGAAACGAGGUGUCCAUGUUAUUGUUACAGAGUUGCCGGUUCCCUUUACGCUCAUAUAGAAAGAAAAUGGGUACGUCCCGGAAAUCCUGAGAAGCUUGACCGCUGCGCAGUAUCACAUGAAAUAGCGCCGUCAGUUGCUACAUCAGUCGAUGGUCGCAGUGCUUGUGAAUUUUGGAUGGGAUCGCAUCGGAACCAGGUACUUUCCUACUGUAUAGUCUUUGCGCGGCGCUGAUGGUUUCUGGGGAAGGGGGCAGACGAUACAAGUCGAUGCUGGCUUCCACUUGUGGGAGCCAAACGACAGCGGCGUCGGAGGUUGUGGAGGGAAUGUUGAGGAAGCUUCUGAAGUGCUCGGCCCAACGAUUCAGAAUCUGCGGCUUCCCGCCAGUUAUAUAACGCAGCUAGGUCGUAGGCCUUGGGAUUAAUAAUGGGCAAGAAGUGACCGAUUUUGUCUUCAAAACCGGAAUGGAUAGAAAAAAUAAGUGCAGGAGUUCUUAUCCGAUCCUAUUUGUCAUUGAAAUUUUCGCGACUUUAACACCGCACUCUCAAAGUCCAUUCGAUAUUGGAGCACUUCCUUUUGAUCGGUAGCUGGAAUAGUAGUAUGUCCGUCCAGCUUACAAAUUAUGGGUUCAUGAGCUACAUGCAUGCUCUCUUUACCGUUGUCUCUACCGCGCUGUCAACAUAAUCGUGAAGCCUCUCCAUCGGAUGCUCCCCUCGAGCCCGAUCGACCCCUGUAUUCGAAUUGUCGACCAGCUCGUCUAGAAUGUUCUUUCUGGAGGGCAUUGUGCCGAAUGCGUGCGAACCACAAUAGGAUGUUAUAAAUACGCAUUACUUCUCCGGUUAAACUUGACUUGCAGUUUCGCAAUACACAUUUCCGUGACCGUUCGCGUUUUCCUUCUCUGCCGCAUUGGUAUUGGGAACAAGAUUCGGGUACACAUACGCUCCGCGUAACUUCUAAGUACCAGGCCGAGUCAAAACAACCAGAGACGACGCCACACAUUAGAAAACCAACAAACGCACGAUUCGUUUUCUUCUAACUAAAGAUUGCUAGUUGGGCAGGAACGUCGUCCGACGAGAGGGCCAAGGAUAUUCAUUUUGCAAUGUGCCUCGAUUGUCUCCACAUGCUAAGCACAUAUGACAUCUGGAGAAUAAGUUUUGGUAAAGAAAUUAUGUUACCUUCAAGAGGUUUUUGCGCCCGUCCUGAAAACUCCAACCAGACAAGAAAAUAGAAUGUCGUUUCGGAAUCUGCUGGGGGCGUUGGAGGGUCCCUGACUUAUUUUAGGUGGAGGUUACCAGCUGCCGGGCCAGGUGAUAGACUUCGUCUAGUUAAAUGAAUACGACUGGACGUUAUUACUGAGCAUGUACGCAGGCAAUCUUCCACUCCAGACGCCUAAAAACCAAAACCAUCAGAGCGAUUUAGUUUGACUCGUCUUGAGAACGGCUGCCGUUGGUAUGACGAGUUUCCACAGCUACAGGACGGGCCUUUUAAACAGAUUGUUUGUCCUCGUUAAACAUCACCGCCACCUCAUAUUUAUAACCGACCACGUUUCAUCAAAGGGGACCACUAACAAAAGCAGGGGUCAGUUAUAUUUCUGAAAGGUUUAUUAGGACUGACCGAAUUACAACUACAAUUAAACAUUCCAAUAUAUAGAUAAGAAUUUGGCCGGACUGCGAAACUUCAAGCUCAAAGUCGGUGAUGGACGACAGGAGGGCUACAGGAGAGCGACAGGUGAUCGACAAGCAAUGUGUCCGUUCGGUGACAAAUGUUCAAUCGUGUUUGUGAAAUCAAGUCGAAAAUUUGGCGUCCCUGUUUUGACUGAUUUCUGGAAGUCCUGGGAAGAAAGUGAACAAAGUUGCUUUAUUUAUGUUUCCAUUAAUUCGAGCUUAUUGUAUUUUUACUUGCUUGGUAUUUUCACGAGGAAUCCAAAACUAUCACAAACGAUUGGCUAUUUUUUGCCUACAUAGUUGCUUUAAUACUAUUGGUCGUUAUUAGGAACGGUUGGGGUCAUACAGUUACUGGCUAUAUAAAUAGGAAAAAGAAUCGCACACGCCUCUAUGACGUUAGGGACCCCUAGGUCGCAGUUCGUUGUAUUGCUUUUUACCUCGGAAAGAGCAUGCUGUCCAGAGCAUAGCCUAAAACUUCGUGUGUCAACCCGCCCAUAUGGCGUGCCUUCGCAACCCUAUCCGCCUCCUAUUCAGCCCGAACACAUCAAGCGUUGCACACCCACCCUUCGACGAUUUUCGGUUGUCGAUCGAUAGGUUAACUGACCAUCUGUUUGGACGGUCCCGCAUACGGACCGAACCGUCUGAUAAUUCCAUCCGUCGCAUGUUCAGGAUUUAGGCGGUUAAAGUGAACCGUAACUUCAGUAAAGUACGACUAUGACAAGGACGAAUCUGCUUUCUGUAUCGAAAUUAUCAUCGAAGCUGACAAUGAGGAUGAUUUCGUAGGGCAGUUUUACUGCUAUCAGUUGCUCUGCUCGAGCCUGUGAACCUCAUUUAUGAGUUAUUAUCUGAAAACACACGUGUAUAGCUGCCGUCGUCAGUCGUGGAAUCUUUAAGCUAAGAAUGUGUAAAGUCGCCUACAGGCACUGACAACGGUGAAACUUAUCCACCAACCACGUUUCCUCCUCCAGAUAUUCAGUCGAUGAUCGACCUCAUUGUGUAGUUGAAUUUCGUACCUUGUUCUAUCCGCUGCACGACAUGAGGCAAGUUGCCAAGUUUCCUUAAAUAAUCGAUAUCUUACUAACAAAUCAGUCACAUCCCCAUUAUCGAAGAGUCAUUCAGUUAAAGGCCGAGAAUCGAAAAUUUGUGGUAAAUAACCGCUUGACGGAGGGAGUUUAAGCGGAAAAAAUGGAGUAAACGCAAAUGUUGCAAUGGACAUCAGUCAGACCCAUGGAGCGCUUAAAGCAGUCAGUGAGAAAAUUGAUGAAGUUGCUUUCGGAGCGCUGCAACUGCGGAAGGCAGUGAAUGUCAGCGGUCAUCUAUCCCGCAGCACACAAUUCUCUGCGCAAACUGAUUGGCUGUUCGGUCCUGUCAGUCUUACUUGCAUCGCGUGUAAAAUAAUGGAAUGCAUUAUCAAAAGACACUUGAUGAAAUACCUGGAACAGAACAAAAUAUUGUGCGAUGCCCAACACGGCUUUCGUCCAGGACGCUCCUGCCUAACAAGUGUUCUAUACUCGCACGAGAAAUGGACACGAGCUACCGAUAAAGGUUUCCCAGUAGAUGUCAUAUUUUUUGACUUCAAGAAGGCCUUUGACAGUGUCCCACACAGGCUUCUUCUACAAAAGAUCUGGGAUGUAGGGAUUCAAGGGAGAAUGUUUAAGUGGAUCAGGAGUUUUCUGUCCUCCAGACUACAAAGAGUCGUCGUUAGUAAUUCUACCUCGGAAUGGGUAAAGGUGGAAAGUGGUGUCCCACAGGGUUCUGUCUUAGCCCCAGUACUCUUCCUGAUUUAUGUUAAUGACUGCAUCAGCGAAGUGAAUUGCGAGGCUCUCAUGUUCGAGGAUGACAUAAAAAUAUGGAGUGAAGUCAAGUGUGAUGAUGACGCAGAGAAGUUGCAGUCGAACAUCAACAAACUGUGUGCUUGGUCGAACAGAUGGCUUUUGAAGGUUAAGGUGUCCAAAUGCGUGGUUUUGCACCUGAACACCGGCCGCAAUGCCUCUCCCAAACACCAGUACUAUAUUGACGGGACGAGGUUAGAAACUGUGGAAAGACACAGAGAUCUGGGUGUAUGGACGACCACAAAUCUAUCGCCAUCAGAACACUGCAGAAAGAUGGUCCAGAAGGCAACUAGCACUCUACACUGGAUCAGACGUGCAUUUAAAAUAUUUCCUCCCGAACUCUUCGAAAGACUCUUUGAUGUCUUUGUAAGACCUCAUCUAGAGUAUGGAAUGCCAGCAGCUUCACCAUGGAUGAGGAAGGAUAUCAACUUACUCGAACAGGUGCAACGCAGAGCGACAAAGAUGAUCGACGGUCUAAAGCAUUUGUCUUAUCAGGAGAGGCUGAAUUUGCUUGGUCUAUUCCCUCUCUCUUAUAGACAAAUAAACUGCAGUCUACUCUGGACGUUCCGGAUAGUUCGCGGCCAGGGUUGUUCAUUAAGGGCAGAGGACUUCUUUGAGUUCGCCCGUACAAACCAACUACGCGGCCAUGCAUUCAAAGUCGGGAAUGAGCGCACGCGUUUAGACGGACGAAAAUUUUCAUUCAGUCAGCGGGUUUUCAGGCCGUGGAACUCGCUUCCAAGCGAGAUGGUGACGGCUGAUACAGUUUGUGUGUUUAAAAGAAAACUUGCUCGUCUAGUUUUCGACAGAAAUCGGCUUGUACAGCAUGACUAUGCACAGCCAGUUUUGUAAAAUCUGUCAUAUACAAUCUUCCGCACUAAUUUACAGUGACCCCAUGCACUACCUUAUGAUUACGAUUGAACUGUGACCCAAUCACAUUUUAAAUGCCUGCAAUUUUAUUUUAUUUUUUUUAGUACGAAUCUGCGAAAGCACUGUACAUAAAUAGGGUCAUCAAGGGCUCUGCCUGUAACCCUUCAAUAUACAUAUGCAUAUACAUACAUACAUAUUCGAGGUAAUAGGCAUUGCCGUUGAUGACCCUUUCGAAAACGGUACAUAUUUAAAUAAACAUUUAACCAAAACGUUGUGAGUUACAUACACAUUUACAAGAAAAUGUAGUAACGUGAGACUGCAUCCCGAGCACCCGUAGUUUUUUUUAAGGUUACGGACCGAGCGCCAAAUGGUCCUUUUCGUGCGCGUUGGAAGUGUAAGUGCAAAUAUAUACAGUCAGCACCAAAAAUAGUCAGUUGUGUGGUUUACGGGAAAAUGUGCAUCAAAUGUGCAGGAAUGCUUUACAUAAGUAAUGAGAUCAGAAAAUGAAGUUGAUUGCUGACCGCAGAUGGUCCAGCUGUGAGAGUCGUUGAUUAUCAAAAAUUAAACGAUCCAAAUGCCUUUUGAAUAUGACCAUGGUAUCAGAUGUCAAUAUUUCACUUGGGAGUGAGUUCCGCGGUCGAACUACACGUUGGAUGAAGGAAACCUUUCGUUGGUCCAGGCGCGUACUAUCGUCUUUAUCUUGUACGGUUGACCGCGCAGGUGACUCUUGUUCAUACGCUCAAAGAAAUGUUCUGAUUUGAGCGAACCGUAAUGCUCGCGAAUAAUGCGGAAUGUUCACAACAGGUUGAACAUAAUUGGUCUAAAGGAUAGGGGAACAAAUUGAUCUGGAUCAGCCUUUCUGGGUAUGACAAUGUCCUAGGACCGUCCACCAAUUUCGUUCGCUCGUCGUUACACCUGCUCGAAGACAUCGCUGCCUUCCAUCAUCCAAUACAUCCAUGCUGGCUUUCGGUAUUCCAAAUCCGGUCUGACGGACGUACCAAAUAUCUGCAAGACGAAUUCAAGGGGAAAGACUAUAAAAGCACGCCUAAUCCAGUGCAUGAUGCUGGUUGCUUUUUGGGCGGCCCUCCUGCAGUGUUCAGAGGGCAGCAAGUUUGAACUUGUCCGGAUACCUAGGCCUUUAUGCGUAUCCACUUCUUUUAGUGAGACCCCAGUUAAAGUGUACUGGUGUUUUGGGAAAUGCCAGAUUCCAAACGCAAGACUACACAUUAGGAUGCAUGAGACGUUGGAAACCAGUAGAUGGAUCAUACAGCCAGCUUAUUAACGUCUUAUUGCAGUUUCUGCGCGUCGUUGGCACAGCUGAGUGCUCUCCAAAUUUUUAUAUCAUCCUCAAGCACGAUGGCACCGCAGUAAGGGUCUGCAGCACAGUCGCUCUUAUAGAUGAUGAAGAGGAGGAAACCUAAGACCGAAUCCUGUGGAAUGCCGCACUCUGCUGAUGCCCAUUCGAAUUUAGUAGCACUAACAAUACCGUUUCGCAGUUUUCUUGCCAGGGAGCUUUUAAUCCACUUUAGAGUGUUGACCUGGAUUCCACACCACUAAAUCUUCUGUACGAGGCGCCCAUGAAGCACACUACCAAAAGCCUUUUUAAUGUCGAAGAAGACAGCAUAAACUGGACGUUCCUCGCUUGUGGCUUAUUUCCGCGCAGUUUAUUGAGGCAAAUUGGCGCGAGCUUUAAACAGCGAACGAGAGAGAGAGAGAGCAAGUGGGGAGAGGGAAUGGGGAACACGUUUUACUUUGAAAGCACCAAUCCCAAAUUUUAAGGCAAAGAGGGGGUUCCAUUCAUUGUGAAUAUUAAUUAAUAAAUUGCGCAUGGGUUAAGAAGGUUUCCGCAAAAAUAGCUACUAAUAGGGCAGUUUAAGUUUAAGUUUCUGUAUUCCUGUCUUUUCACACGCAAGCUGGCUUGCCAGGAAUGACAAUGCAGAACGCUGAUAUGCUAAUGUACGAAAACAGAUAUGUCGAAGGCCACGGCGCAUGGGGCGGGAGUACUUCGAGGCAGUUAGCUAGAAAUAAAGGGCAUGGGCAACGUCAUCCAGAAUUCGACCACCAGAUUGCACAACCGCUUUCAAAUGUCGUUGUAUGAUAAGAUCAACUAAAAGACAUAAGAAACACCUGCGGCAGAACAGAGCAUUCGGAGAACUCGUUUUAAAAUUAACAUAUAUUUUUGGAGCAAGGCAAAAAACGACAGAAAAACCAUAAAAAUGAGGGGGAGAAUGUAGGCAUCUGCGAACCGUCAGAUGAAAGGUUGAGGUUUGUGAUAGAAACGUAAACGCCAGGUGUUAUUAGGGAAUUUGCAAACUUUGCUGAAAAGGGUCUCAAUAUGAAGGGAAAACAAAAGAUCUGAUGACGAAGUAACGCCAUCCGUAACUUUACUUGCAACUUAAAAUUGAGUGUGGCUACAGCAGAACUGUGUGGGCUGAAAUAGCUUGCAAAGAUUCAUAAUAAUAUGACAAAUUCGGCAUGAGUCUCAAGGGCUGGGCUAGAUCUCUUAUUGCUCUCCAUCAUUUCAGAACAGAAAUACAUAAUGAUUCCUUUUAAGGCUUUGUAUCGACGGUGAGAUCACAACACCUGCGGGGGGUAUUAUAUGGCUUGACCACUGUGACGGAGGAGAACUUACGCACAUCCAGUCCUACCAGUUGAAUUUGCAGCUUUAAUUGGUGGUCCCAGAUGUUGGUCAUGGUGAAAAAUUCAAAAAAGUCCUCAAAGGCCAAACGCAAUCCGCUCCCUCGACAAUGCUGAAUGCAUGUAAGAAAUCUCCGUUCCGUUGUUUAUAACUCAAAAGGGCGGGUUACAUAGAGUAAGGAACCCUGAACCAUAACCAGUUCCUUGCUUUUCCCGUAAUCUUUCAAUAAUAUGUUGACCUUUAACUGCCUAUGAUCUCCAGGCUUGUCUGCCGUAGUGCAUAUGCAAUCUCACGAGUGUUACGAAGAUAUUGGAAAAGAGGUCUUUGUCAACAGUCAAAAAUGUUCACUUGAUGGCUUACAGUACGAACAUAUGGCUUCUCGCCAGUUUCGAACAGUGAGUGGAUGUUUUUGAGGAGUUCGUUGUCAGCAGGCUUCCCCAUCUCGUAAAGUUACACCGACGAGAAAUAAGUCUUUUGUCAUGGUAGAUCUGGCUUGGUUGCCUAGGCGAAGUAUGAUGCACUUACCUGCGUUCAAUCGUACGAGCCAACUUUUUGACCACUCCUUCAACCGAUUAAGGCCCACCCCCGGUCUAUUUUCGUCGGGAGGGUCCCGUGUUAUAGUCCACGCCUUUAUGUCGUCAGCAAGUAUUGUUGCUUCGCAGUUCAAAGUUCUUGGGCAGCUGUCCGUGAAUGGGUCCGGUAGUAAAACCUGGGAAACACCAAUUUUGACCUGAUGAGGACCUAAGUUUUUUGGCCGACAUACAUGGAAGAUUUUGGUCCAGUCAAAGAGGUUUCCUCUGAUAUCUAUUCUUUCUAUUUUGCAAAAUAGUUUCUGAUAUGCACAGUGCGGUACGCCUUUUGUACGUCAAUAAAGACGAUGUCAACUGCGUGUCUGUCAUAAAGAGUUCAGGUCCAGCUAUGGAGAGAUUGCAGCAAGUUUGCUGUGCAGAAUCUCCCUUUCCGGAACCCUUGUUGGCAGUGCGACAGCGAGUUGCAGACUUCCAGGAACCGAACUAGUUCGCUCUUCAUGAUCCUUUCAUAACCUUAAUGAGAGUGCACGUCAAGCUCAUGGGUCUGUUGAUUGUCGUUAACGUCCAGCUACCGCCUCUGUAUGGGAGAGUGAUAUACACCAGGUUUCAGACGAUAGUAUAUGUUUCAAUGUCAAAUGACAUUUGAAAAGCAUUGACAGGGGUAUAAAAAGCUCGCUGAAAAGUUCUUUGAGAGGCUUGAAUGGAAUCUCGUCUGAUUCUAAAGACUUUGGUUUGUCCAAAUUUCUAUAAAUUCCCUUGGAUAGUAUAUGCCGUAAAGAAUAUAUUUUAUAUGCUUGUGGUACUACAGUUCUUCUCUGAGUUGGAGAAAGAAACUUCGCCUCGUCUAUGCAGACAGGCUGAAAAGUUCACAAAAAAUAUGCAGACAUAUACUUGGUUUUAGCAACUUUAAGGAUAUCGGUAGUCUUGCUUGAGGGGAUUUGACGUCUGUUCCCUUUACCUCUCUAGAAAUAGCUGUAACGUAAUUUCGGAUUCUGUGUUGCAUUUUUAGCGAAUUCUUCUUGAAUUCCCGGCGCGUUUUAGCAAUCGCAUCUUCAUAUUUUGCAGUUUCCGAGAUAUUCAAAUUACCCAGUGAUCCCAUAUUUACUCAACAACUUGUACUUCCUGCUAAAUAAUUUCUUUAGGUUGCUAUUAAGUCACCCAAGCCGCUUGUUCUGUCUUACACUCGUCAGUGGGCAAUGACUGUUGGUUAGAUGAAGAAGGAUAUUCUUGACUUACUCCCGAUUUUCCCAGACAUUAUCCCUAAACAUUGAGCUCCAGUCGAGAUCGGACAAUUCUAUCCCUAUCUGAUGAAGUUGUGUAGCCAAAUGUUACGUCUUUUCGAUCAAAAGUAUGCAAAACGGAGAGUAACAAAUAACCCCACGGAAGCGCCACAUGGCCACUUCGACCGAUGGGCGGCAUGGAGAUGCCUUAUCUAUGCUGUUUGAUGUUUUCGUAACAACUACACACAUUUAGUUAGCCCAUUGUCCUUUAUGCCUUCUCGUUGGGAACACUGCAUGUUAUGUGGGAAGCGCCUUUUAUCUUUUGUGUAGCAGAACGUUGAUGGGAAGAUGCGCGCACUUCCGCCCUGUCAUUGUCAAGGGACGACAGAAUAUCUCUGUGCUGAUAAUCGUCUUAUAAUCUCUGACGGCAGAUGGCUGGGCAAGGUAGAUGAGGCGACCGCAAAGUCCCUGAAGUUCGCAUGCAUGUCCGAGGAAACCUAGUUAUUUCAUACGAAUGGUAUCAAAGAUGUCUUUCGGUAUUUUCGGGGAGCUAUAGGGCGUCUAAAAAACUAUUGUCCCAAGAAAAUGAUGAAACCGUUUGCUCAACCUCCGUGUGUCAGUGCGAUGAUAGAAAGGACCAGAAACAAUAAACAAGGCUGUCGAAAAAAGUAAUUGCGCCUCCAAGAGUCCGUAUAAUUUUAUGAUACAAGUUGGAGCAUAAAGAAUGCCGCAAGCAAUUACAAAUUGCUAAAACUUCCCUCGAGCGCUCACCGAUCGCAGAAACCAUUAUAUGUCUAAAGAAGUUUACGGGUACAUGCUCAGUAGUUAUAGAGGAUAGUAUCAGAAACGUAUCCUUUGAACGGUCGCAGGACGUAAAACUACUGCCACGGUUCCUUCAAUCGGUGUUUACACUGGAAUCCGCUGAAGGCAACCUGGAGUUUGAAAUGAUCCGGUACGUUAUCGUCAUUGAAAGCAUUGUUUUCCCCCAAAGGAGUAGGACGGCACCUCAGUCCAAUUAGACCAACCAAAUCUCUUGGACCCGGUGGGAUUCUGGGCCUGACACUUGACGGAUUGUCGAUAGAGCUGACAAUGCUUCGCUCAUAUCUCUUCGACUUGUCAGAGAGAACAAGGAGCUUUUCCUGAUAAUCGAGAUCAGCAGAAAUGUGUAGUUCUAUUACAUAAGAAAGGUAGAAGGACGGCAUCAAGCGUCUGUAGACCUGUAAGCUUGGUUUUCAUUUCCUGCAAAACAAUGGAAACCCUCGUACUGUGAGUCACACAACAGCUUUGCCACGAAAAUGGUAUUUUACAGAAUUUGUAGCAUGCAUUGUCUUCGGCGGGGACGCCCCAGUCUCUCAAACCUGUUGACUUCACUUGAGAUCCGGAUCGGUGCUUUUGAGGAGGGCCCCAAGGCAGACGUGUUGUAUAUUGACUCCCACAAAGCCUUCCACAGCAACCUACAUCGACGUCUCUUGCAUAAAUAGAGCACCUUUGGCACUAAGAGACAUCCUCUGAACUGGAUAAGGGUAUGAAUGGUUGGUCGCAAACGGCGCGUCUGUAUCGGAGAAGAUAAAUUGUACUGGGUGCAAGUGAUAAUUAGUGUUUCUCAAGACUAAUUUCCGGGACCCUAAUUAUUAAUUUUCGACGUCUGUAACAGCCUUCGGACUAUCAACCAUGGUAAGAUCGCGUUUUCUGAUCGCGUUAACUGGCAAAUCACUAACAGCUCAAAUUAACAGAAAACAACUUAAAAUAAUUUGCACCGACUGCGAGUUUUUUUCGGGGGAUAGCUCCUGGACUUAAAUGUGAAGAAGUGCGCCGUCAACCAUCUCCACCCGACUAACUACCCUCCAAGCGACAGCAUAAGGGCAUAUUAACUGAAAGACAAGGCAAUCCGAAAUCAUCACCGCAAUACAUCAAGACCGCAAAAAAGUCAUGGGAGUUCUGUGCGCUAGCGAAAUACGUUUGUAGCUUUCGACAGAAAAAAUUUCGGCACAGUCUACGGCACCUUCGUUCGACCUCAUCUAGAAGGUGGCAUACAGGUGUGGGAGUCAUGUAUCGAGAAAUUGCGGCGCAGCGCUACAAGGCUAGUAAAAAGUCUGAAACACGAAUCUUCAAUGGGAAGACUGGGGUGCAUCAGUCUGUUUCCUCUGAUUUACAGGAAGUAAAGAAGUGAGGUUGUCUUACUUUACGAAAAAAUUCAAGGCCUUCAACAAGGGCUGCGCUUUCAAUGCGUGUUUCAGUGGCACCUCUUGCCUUAUCUUCGUGGACUUGUAAUGAGCUACGCAUCAAACUUUAGAGGUUGGACCUUCGUUCUGAAUGUAUCAUGCAACGGGUAGUAGGGUAGUGGAAUUAUCUACAAUCCGUUAUGGCGGCGAAGUCCCUACAGAUCUUCAAGAAAGGCUUGAAUAAUAACAUGCGUUCCUUGUUUUUACUCGACACUCCGAACCUGAACAAAACACCGCGUCAAAUCAAGACACGAUUUUUAAAAAACCGAAAUAUCCAGCUUAUGUAAAUGCCAUUUUCGUAGUAACAACCCCUCAGGGUGCGCAUACAGCUGUAUAUAACACGUGUUAUAUACAUCCAGAAACCCCAUUGUCCACACGCCAGUGUACAUGUUGGUGUGGAUGCCCGGCCAGUAAGCGAAACUGCAUGAAGUUGACUUAAUUCGGCUGGUACCAGGAUGAGCCGCAUGAAACUGACGUAGUAAAGAAGGUCGAAGUGAAGAUGGGACAACCACAUCGUCUGCUAACAUGAAACGGGAACCAACCACAAAGGGCCAUACUCGACACAGGAAGGGUUGGUGAAGCUCACCGGCGAGAGCAGUAGUUAAACAGCAGAUCCGAACGUAGGUGAUAGCUUGGCGGGGGACAGGAUCCUGUUCAGUAGCACGUUGGAUGUCCGCGGCAGGGACAGGGAUACCUCAUACAGCGUGUAAGAGAUGAAAGCGCACAUCGUCCCUAAUCAGGUAGGCGAGAAAGGGCGUUAGGCUGACCAAAUUCGAUAAUUUGACAGUUGCGUGUCAUAAUCGUAGCCAAGGGGAGUGGUUGGCCAUCGCUGAUGUCGGCUGGAUAAAUAGACAGGAAUGCCCUUCUUCGAACCGAAAGCUGGUUGCAACGGUUUAUUUUCUGUUAGCAAUCUGAAAUGACGACUAACAGCAGCCUGUGAAACUUCUUGACGGUAAAAAUGAUGGCUAAUGCCUCUUUCUCCAUUUCAUCCCUGUUCUCAACAGGAGUUAAUGCGCCAGGUCCAUGCAUUAUCACCUUUUCUGGCCCACCGUGAAAAAUAUGUGAGAUAACGGCACUAGCUCUGUGGUUGGCAGCAUCCGCAGCGAAAACGAUCAGCGGUGUCGGGUCGUAACGCGAGAGCGGCAGCGAACCGCUGACUUAACAUCUAUAUCGGCGCAUACUCUUUCAAAUAUUAGGUGCCACCAUUACAAUCGUCGAUGAAGUUAUCUUACUACGACGUCCUCCACAGAGGGCAAUUAUUCCCAAUGCCUGCCAAUGUUUCAUUGACAAAUGGUCUCCCAUGUGCGGACUCAAAACCUUUGUUUAAACCGUUCAGAAUCCUCGCCCCCGCCCCAAUGGUUGCGUCUCGUCACGUGGUGGUCAAUCGCAUUCCCAGUUUGCGCUGGGUGCGGUCCGUGCCCUGCGGUGAGCGUAAUGCUGUGGCGUACACAAACUUGAUAUUGUGAAAAAAGUCUGUUUAACCGUCAUUCAACGUUUAGUAGUGUCCCAUCAGUUGCAAAAUACCAAGAUUUUGCGGGAAAUGUUGCGCGUUAGUGAAAUCAAGUGUUUUCUAGUGCGUGCAGUACUGGAGCCGGAAAAUGUGACGUGAACAACCUCAGGGUAGUCUUGAGAACAGCAGAGGCGAGGCAACUUCUAAGGAUCCCAAGGCUAGUCCCCUGUCAGCACAAUCCGCCCAACAGUGCCUUCGCUUGACCGGCGCAGGUUGUGCCCUGUCGUUUAAUCACAUCACUAGCCGCGCACGAACCCGCAAAUCUGUGCUGCUAGUGCAGGGCCAGACGGUCUAAUAGUGUUACCAAGGGCGGAAGGUGCUUACCUUGAUUACCGGGGAACUUCAAAACACUGAACGACAAAAUCUCGAGAUAUAUUACAUGUGGAAGUAUGCCUUCAUUUUUCAUGUACCAGUCGUCAAAAUGCUCCACGAUUGCUUCGUUUUGGAUACUCGGACUGUAGCCCUGAUCAGUGGGCUUCCCGUUAUCAUGUAGUACCGGAGGCUCCAACGGCUGCACAGGAUGGCUCUCAUUAACACGAGAAGACCUAAACAUGUGUAAGGCUUGACGAAUGCGCCAUAAGAAAGUGGAAGCGCAAUCUUGUAAAAACCAAACCAAGUGAUGGGGUUUUUGAGUUAUACGACAACAAUCAAAACGAGACCUUUGUGAACUAACUGCCGGUCGUUCAACGAACACAGGCAACCGACGAAUGGAGGUUCUAUCACGCCGUCACUGGUCUCUGGUUUUGACGUUUCACCUAAUCACUGCUGAUGUUUUGUUAGCCAAGAAAGGGACGCAGCCGCGAACCUCACCGAAGGAUACCGAACCAAAGACGGUGACCCGGAUUAGUGAAGGCUUACGGGAUCGAUUAGAUAAGGUUUGACACGGACUGUGAUAAAGGUUCUCGCCAAAAAUUUCUCCAAAAUAGGGAUACCUUUUGUAACGUUCGUCACAGCCAAUAAUUAAUUUUUUUCUACUGAAAACUCGUCAGUUAUGUUUUUCGGCUAUUAAUUAUGUUAACUUAAUAAAAUAGACGUCCUUUAUGGCGCUGUUAAAUUGUUCAUUAUCCUUUAACUUUCUACGUGAUUUCCUUGUGUAGGAUAAGUUAAUGGGUAUGUAUCCUUUGUUCAGGUUCGUCUUGGUUGUUGCGCGUAGGUGCCAUUUCGGCAUUCCUUGACUUUCCGAUUAUAUCCAGUCCAUAUACCGAUAGACGGCUUUUAUCUCUCCACGUUGCAAUUAAUUGCGAGAGCUAGCCCGCCAAUUGCCAGGCAUAUGCAUCAGCCUGACUUGGGAAUGUGAGACUCCGCGUUGAAGCCAUCGGCAUCACCCAGUCAGCAUAACGCCACAUUUCACUCACCUGAUCUUGCUGAAGUGUUAUCAUCACACCGACUUCCGCCGUUAGGAAGAGUUAGCUCGACACUUAACGAGAUCGAACUUCUAGCUGGCCCUUAAUUCAGUUGCUCCCUGUGCGAACGUAAAGUAACUUCCGUCUAGAUUUUCGAUAAUUUACGUUUAGUCAGUUUCUACUGAGAAAGUGAUCUAUUUAUUUUGGCCCGUCAGGGCGUGGCCCCAACUUUCGAUCUUCCGGCUUAUCGCGCUCGUGCACAGAGGACGGGUAGGAAGAACUGAUGUCGCAAGCACUUGUUGUGUAAAGAAGACGCCUAUCGUCCUCAUGUACCCCGUUGCGUUUUUUUCUGUUUAAUCAGUCUUACGGACACUGUCUGAACCGGUGCUGUCGGAAUUAUGCAGCAAUAUCGGCCAUUUUAGAAUACGUUGACCAUAAGAUUUUAAGGGGUCAAGAAAGUCGAUUCUUCGGCAGAACUGUGCAUCACGAACUACCUUUUUUUCAUGUACACUACAUGCCAUCCCAGCCCUGGGUACUUGUACUUCUAUUUGGUACGGUUGUUUUCAUAGCCGUGUGGCAGUCUGAUUGUGGAUCUCACCUCCAGCGAUGGACACCAAGUACCCAAGGUCCAAGAACCACCUCCAUGUCUUGAUGGGUGGUGUUGAGCCAGAUUUUGACUUCAACACCUCUAGGCGGGCGACGGAGUCGGAUAUAAAACAGACGUACUGAACGCAUGGGAGGAGGGACGAAGAAUGUAAGGAAGCCAUCCCCGCUUCCUUUUGAAUGUCUGAGAUAUUAUCGUUAUGUCCUCCGAGGUCGGAUUGCCUAAUUUGAAACGAAGUCGGUAUACCUCUAAGGAUGGUUCUCAGACAACGGUGAACAGACCUUUAGUUUUCGCUUGCCCUUCACACAGUCCGAUAUUCACAACCGCACAGGAAAGCCGGCUGAGUGCAUUUUCGGUGCACGCGGAAUUUUGUAACGAUUAUGUUAUCGCGAUAGGCCAACCUACUCAUUCAAGUGCUGAGGAAAUCGCUGUGAGCAGCAUCGACUGGGUCAUUGAUGUCCAUUUCCAGUCCGUUCGGUCACGGCUUCGCUCCGACGUACUUGGAAAUGGCAAUUUCUUGAGGCUGACGGACUUUUAUUUCGAAGGGCGCCUUCUAGUCAAACAAUUCUGUCUUAGCCGGAGCCAAGUGGGUGAGGAGGGGUGCGGCUGAUGCCGCACAAGUCCUUGUUCUGCGCCCAACACGCGGUAGACAUCGUUUGAGACUCUAGCCGUCUGUCAAACAGCUCUUGAGCACCUUAGCCUCCCCAGGGUUGGUGAGUAGGCUUAUUGAUCUAACGACUCUAUUCACCCGCGGCAUCAGAGUAGUUAGGAUCAGUCGGUCGGUGUUCUUGUGCAAGUUGAACGCCGUCAAGACCGUACAGAACCCUCAUAAGUGAUGAAGGGCAAUGCUAAGACGAAUGUGGAAUCGGUUCACUCCUCCAUUUUUGGGUUUGGUGACUGCAAUGGUCGCGUUUUUUCGUCUUUAAUCACCACCUACUCCACAGUCCUUACCAAGCGAAGGACAGGAGGUUCUUAACGUACGAUAGUGCUUGAUCGCAUCCAUGACGUGUGUGCUGCUGUUCCAUCUCCUAGCUUCCAUCUGGCAGUUGCUGACGGGACUGCAGACAUGGUUAAACGGAGGGUUCGCCGUGCUCGUCUUGGUAGGCCCCACUUUUGUAUGGCUUAACUGUAGAAAAAAACUAGAGAAAGAGGAGCGCAAAUAUGACCAAGGGGAUUCGAAAUCAUCCCCCAUGCUCUCACUAAAACGUCAGUUUAAACGUGAUAAGCGCAAGGACAGGAAGGCCAAACUGAAGGAAGGAAAGUUGAAUUUCAAGCAGAUUUGUCAAGACUUCGUCAAGGCGGACCAACCCGAGAAGCCAUCAUUGCAGCUUCCACAGUCACUGCCAAUGGCGAGGGUUUCUGAAGCAACUUUGGCUUAUGUCAGCAGCUUUGUGAAUACGUGAGCUGUCUGUUCUCUGAUUUCCUCCUAGGCUCCUAAAUAUUUUUGAGAAUCAGGCUUCCUUGCAUCGAGUACGCGAAGUGUAUUGCGAUGAGGUCACGGUCACGUUCCAAGCUACACCUUACAUUUUGAAGAAGGCAGUUACCAGCGACCUGCCUAACCGACAGACACGAAAGCAUUACACUCGUGAUGACAUGCUGAUGUACCUACUAGUUUCAUCCAGUCUCCUCAAAGGCUCGUGGCCGUUACCGUCGUGGGCAUGGGCUGUCGACUGUCAGACCGGUGAAAAAAACUUGGACAAAAAACGCAGGAAGGAGCUACGUUCACUCCAGAAGUUCCAGUCGGAGAAUGAAGGACGAAUUAAAAAGUCCAUCCGGAAGAGAAGAUUUACUUCAAUCAGUGAAUUUCAAGGCACCCACUCCACCCAAUUUUUUGCUGCUAACCCAUGGGAGAUUCAACAACUGUACGCACGGAUCCCCCGGCUCAUAGCAAUACGUGAUGACUCGACCACUACCAUCGACAUUGUUGAGUCCAGUGUAAGUUAUUCUGACCGUCUUCUCACUCCUUGAAGCCGUACGCCGUGUUCUUUAGGUUGAAAACACUUGACCUGGAAAUACCGUUACCCAUGCCCAAUAAGGUAACCCAGAUCCCCCAGGUACCGCAUGUUCGUUGGGUUCACCGGGCAAUAAUUCUUCGGCCUCCACCUGUUGACAAAAUAUGCCACGAGGACGUUUGCGUCAUCCCCGUUUCAGAAACAGAACAAGAGGUAUGUUUUGCGUCCCCUUUAUUUCAACUGAUAUCUUUAGUAGGACUGCGGCACCUAUAUCUCUUAUGAACUAUACAGAAAUUACCUGAACAAGUAUCCUGCCAUAAUGGGUUGGGUGCGAAAGUCCUAGAACUUGACGGGCGAAUUGUUCAUAGGCGAGUUUCUCAAAGGGCCAUUUGCCUGCUUUCAGGCCAGUUGCCGGCUGGGAAGCUAGUUUUCUACCCCCAACCUCCCCCUCCCCCGGCCAGGAUGUGGCCUCUACAUGAAGUAUUAAAGGCCGCACACCACGUUAUGGAGCUGAAUGAUUUCAAUGUUCCGAGCAAUACAGUUGAGGCCCAUCUUUUUGUCUGUUAAGCCUGGUCGAGCACAAUCGCGCCGCAGACCGUAACCCGUCUGUACUUCAAAAGAAGAGGUGUUCACUGAGAGAGGUCUGACGUUUCGAGUAAUGAUUUCUCCCACUCAUCUUUGGGGACCGGGGGAGGGGUGGAGUCGUAGCCGCAGCUCAUAUUGCAUUAUGCGCUCCUCUUGGUGCAUAGGCCGCCAAUGCGGUCUCUGGGACCCCCGUUUCACCGUAACCCCUGUCGUUCCGACCUUAGUUAACGAUAGUCGGCACCGACAACCUACGCAUCAUGCAAAGUGCACAAUUUAGUGAAAGCUGUACACAGGAUUCCCAUGUGUCAUGCUAACACAAGCCCCUGGCUUAGCUCCAUCUUAUCGACUAUUCACUUUCUCGUUUUAGUUCCAAUACGUCAAUUGUCAGAUGAAUAAAGCCCUAUCAUAGGGUAUUCUCGUUCUGGUUCUUGCAUCCUGAUUUGUUCAUGCCCUCCCUCCUGUGUGCUUGCUACGGUCCUAGCUACGACACCUAGUAUCUGAAGAUGGGUAGUCGAAAUCACUACUGGAAACGUCAGACCGCAGACUAACCUCACCCAGUGAAUGUCUCUACUUCUCCUGGCAUGCCGUCUGGGAAUCUCAUUUUCACUCCUAUUGAUGUACCUGUACUCCUGUCUAAACCACUUCUAUGCUAGCCUAAGCAUUCUAGUAGCCGGAAUUCAUUUUGACAUAGUCCAGCUGCGGUUUUAUACCCAAAGCCGCUCUGCUUCUGGGCAAUGAUGGUCUUCAACUGGACCAGUCCUGCCGGGCCUACGGACGUAGAAGAUUGAGAUGUAUUGUGAUACAUUUACAAUAAAGAAGACAAUGGAAUUUCCCCGCCUCGCCGAGCCAUGACCCCCAGAGUCAACUAGGUACUUGUUGUAAUGGGCACGGAGACCGACAACAACAACAACUGCCGACAACAGUCCACAAAAGUAGAGGUCACCAAAGUGCACUGGGGAGUUGUAAAACGGAGUGUGGCUGUAGAUCGAGUUUUCUGUUUAAGCAAUAUCGCCAGACGAAGCCGAUUCUUUGGAGCGUAGACCAAAUAUAUUUAGGCUGCAAGGCUGUAAGUCAGUGUGCUUGUCGGCCAAAAGGAUUUGUAUGUGUUGCUGCAAGCAGCCGUAAAAAACUGGUUUUCGCGGAGGGUAGGCUUCGCAAUUACGUGUGCUUCUGUUGGGGGCCAACGAACUUUCUCUUCUGGUUAUUCCGUGAUCCUCGCUAUACGGCCUGCACUCCGGUAGUCACCAAACAGUUCCCUCUGCAAUUAUAGACGUUAUGUUAGCAGCUACUGAGACUCCACCCAAGAAAAGAGCAGCACAGCGCGCCAUAAUAUCCAGCAGUCGCUAACGGAUUUUGAGCACUCACGGAAAUGCACGCAAAUAACGUCGUCAUCAGCGCAUAGAAGAGAUUUAAGGUCAGGCCCCCAGUCCCAAAAUCUCAAAUAACAUCCGACUUACGCCGCCAUUACACUUCCAGCAGCAACCGAAAACACAGAAUAUCGGUUACUAUCAAGUACUACAAAAACUUUAAAUCUAAAAUCUAAGAUAACGUCAACAUACCCGGGCAGUGACGUUAAUUCUCCAGUACCUUAGGAUGUAGUCGAGGGAGAUGCAUUUGUGAGGGUGGCUGACUUGUUUUGUGUACCGUUUGUUUGUAGCGUCACAGCAGUGUCAUACAGCGGGCGAUAGAAGAGUGGACAAGGAGGUCAGCGGAGGAUGGCGGUGCUGGUGCUGGUGCUGUUGGAUCAGGGUCGGUUAACGUCGUUGCCGUUGGUGCUGCUUGUGGCCGCGACGGUGACGGUGAUGGUGUAGAGAGGUCUGCAGUGUUGGAGGAUGAAUUGGCAGCGAAGAUUGCUGAAUUGUCGGCUGGUACGGGCAUGAACAGGGAGUUUUCUCGACAGUGUUUGGAGGAGUGUGCUUGGAGCUUAGAGUUGGCUUUCGAAGCCUUCCGGCGCGUUCGGGAGGCAGGGAUGCUGCCAGAAGUGGCUCUCUCGGGAUGA